CAGUGGACAUUCGCGCGCCGAAGCCCGCGGUAGUCGCUCGCCUCGAGGCACGCGUCGACGGCUCGCCUCGGUGCGACUCCUUCCCGAAACUUUCCCAAACUUACGCUGCCAAGUUGGAUGCAAUUUGUGAAGUGUUGUGGCUAAAUUGUGUGCAUUUUAGGCUGGCUUUACUGUUAGCUAAUGGUUUUCUGAACUAUUAAUGGAUACUUAAAGUUCUGGACGAAUGAGUUUCCCGGUUCCUUCUAUGGCUGUUAAGCAUUUUAGCCCAAGAUUGCACAAGAGGAUGACCUCGCUGUACCUGCGACUUGAGGGGCUGGGUUGAGAGACACGCGCGAGUGGAGCCACGAUGACACAGCUACUGCGCUUUGUCCUUCUGUUAGGCCUGCUGUCCUUCAAAGAUUACGGUGUUGCCAGUUUGGAGUUACUAGAGUUGAGAGUACCAGCCCACGUGCCGCUGGGCACCCGGGCUCAGCUCUCGUGCCAAUGGAAGUUGGGCCCGACAGACAUUUUGUACUCUGUCAAGUGGUACAAAGAUGGCAAGGAAUUCUUCCGACACGUGCCACGGGACGUGGAACCCUUCAGGAAGUUCCCUUUGCCUGGCGUUGAUGUUGAGAAUGCAAACCGGAACGCUUCGAACGUGACCCUGUUCCCGGCGGUGCUAGAAACGGGCGGCCGGUACCGGUGCGAGGUGUCCGGCGAGAGGCCGCUAUUCCCCACCGUGUCUGACCACUCGGACAUGGUCGUCGUAGCUCUUCCGGACCAAGGUCCCACGAUAACGGGGUCUCGUCUUCGCUACCAGAUCGGGGACAGGGUGCAGGUGAACUGCACGUCGGGGCGGUCGAGGCCCGCCACCAAGCUAUCGUGGUACAUAAACGGGGAGCCCGCGCCGUCGUACGCAGUCCUCCCCGCCAUCCAUGAGACGGUGGAAAACGGCCUAGAAGUCACCAGCCAAGCUCUCGACUUCAAGGUCAAGCUCAAACAUUUUAGGAAAGGAGACCUUAAAUUAAAAUGUCUAGCGACAAUAGCUACAGUGUACUGGAGGAGUAACGAGGAGAGUGUGCAAGGGGAGCGGCCGAAGGGCUACGCGCGGUCGCGGGAGCUGAGUGACGCGAGCCGGGCCGACCGCGUGCAAGCCCCGGGCAAGCUCGGGGGUGCCGCUGGCGACCUCAACACUGCCACCAACCUCCUCCUAUUUGCUGCCCUGCUAGUGCAGUGGUUGCCCACCAAACUCUCCUUGUAAACUGUGAUGUGAUAGGACUUUGUGAGUCUUGUUGGACGUUCGGAGCUUAAACUUUUUGUUAGAGCCUAUUUCAUCACUUUCCGAUAAAGUGUCAAAUUGUAAUCUAACAGAAUAAAUCGAAAUAUUUGCCAGUUUGCUCUAUCAUGUAAAACAAUUUUCUGUUCGAUACAUAUAGGCUUUCAGACACUUUAUCAGCGAGCGGUGAAACAGGCCCUAAAUCUUGUAUUUUCUAUCGGAUUCAUUCCAUUAGAAAGCCGUAACUCAUUGUAUAUUUGUUCAUAUAAAUAUUUCUAUCGUUUACCAGACAGAUAUUAAUUAUCUAUUUAAGAUUCCUAAACAUCAGUUUCUCGAGAAUAUAUAAAGCUAAGCUUAAACAUAUUUAUAGCUUGUUCGAGGGCAAAUAGAGUUACGCCUUUUUGACUGUUAUGUUAUAUAGUACCUAGUGUAAACUUUAUUUUAAGGGUAUAAAGAUAUUCUUCAAAUUACGUACAUAUGUAGAUAAGUUUUAAGCAUCAAAAGUGAUUGUAUUUAUGCUUCGGUAGAUAGUUGACGUAUAUUUAUUUAAUUUUUUUAUGUAUUUGUAUUUGUAAAAAUUGUUGUAAAAAUAAUAGCUUUUAUUAAAACAUAAAGAAUAUAUAUAAUGGAACUGAACUGAAUGUCAAAAGUAAAAUACUUAUCAAUUAAUUCAUAUCAAAUGGUUAAGGAAUAUUAAGUAUACUCUAAAUGAAUAUGAUAAGUAUGUACCUAUAUACCGACAGCUUACUCGUGCACAUUAUUUCAAAUGUUUAUAAUCAUAUUUCUUUAUAUCUAAACAGCCAUGAGAUGAGAUGAAUUUUUUUUUGCAAUUGAGCGGGAAUCGAAUCCACGCAUCUACAUGAGUAGGGCGUGGGUUCGAUUCCAGUCGAAAACUGAGUUUUCACCUCAAUAUUUAAAUUUAGCCAUUUAUUAAAUUUGCUAUUUUAAUUGCUUCUAUUUAUUGACGUGGGCCAAGCAAUUAAAAUAGUAAACUGGCAAGUUACAAUAAAAUGAUAAUCUCAUAAUUCCAAGUAUUUUUAUUCAAACAAGCUUAUUGAUAUAUUCAAACCACAGAACAUAAGUAGGUAUUUAUUGUUUUCCUGAAAUAAUCCACUUACAUCAACUUUACCGUAAUUAAUGAGCUGUAUGUUGAAGAACAUUAUGAUAUAAACUAUAACAUUUUAUUUAUUGUCAUAGAAUUACUAAAAUAAUACUACAUAUAUUGAACGUAGAUGUGCUGGUAGUAAAAUAAAUUCUCACAUGUUCCAUGUGAAGAACACGAUAAACGAUUUCAAAAGGAGCUACUCUACGCAUAGCUUCGUAGCACGCGCUACGAGUCUUCGUAGCGCCGUAGAAGAGGCUACGCUUGGCUACAAAGUUAUUAUUAUUCUGAUAUUAUCUACAUUAAAUAAUAUAAACUGAUCUAUUCUUAUGUUUAAAUGUGCUAAUUUUUCAAAGUAGCGGUCCGGUUUUAAAAUAUAAUAAAACUUUUGCGAAUAACAGAAGUUAUAUUAUAGUGAUAUCUACAAGUGUUCAACAAACAGCGACUUAUUGAAAUUUAAUUGUUGUUAAUUUGUAAUAUAUAAAUGUUUUAGUAAAACUCCAACUACUCUUCAGAAUUGACACAAAAUUAAGUGGGCACCUAAUAUUUUGGUGGGGCGUCGCCUGUUCCUUGUGUAGUUAUUAGAGGAAUAAAAUAACAAUUUUAUCCAAAACCUAAAAGUGCCAUUAACAAUAAGUUAUGUAAUUUGAAUUUUAUCGAUAUUACGUUCAAUAUAUACCUCUUAUGUGUCCAAAGAUUUAUUGCCAACCAAAGUCGAUGGAUGUUAAAUGUUUAGUUUGAGAGUUACCUGAGACAAAUAUCUUUUUGGGUUAUAUCCAAUUUUAAAUAGAGAUUUGUUUCAUGACCACUAUACACAUUUUUUUCGUAAAUGACUUUACGCAUUUAUGGUAUUUAGAUGAAGUUACGAAGUUCUGUCAAUUUGUAAAAAUAUAUUGAACUUUUAUAAAACAUAACUAUUUGUAAGUUAUAUUAACAUGGCUAGUCAAUGAUUUAUAUACCUAUCCAAUGAUAUAUGUGUUAUGCAAAGAAUGUUUAAUACUAGUGUUAUGUCAAACAAUAACACACAUUAUGUAUUCGUAAGCGAAAUUAACAUAUACAUAUUAAUUUGAUCAUAAUUAUGUAAUUUUCCUAAUUAGUUCAUUGUCAAACUAAUUUUUUUUGUUUGCAAAACUGACAUAUCAUCACUGUCGUGUUUUGACGUAUCUGCUGACUGUACCUGUGCUUUAGCAACGAGGCAUGCACAAUGGUAAAACACAUGGACUUACUAAUAGUAAGUUCUUGGUGAAAAACAGGAACGACAGGGUUUUUCAUAUUCCAGCGAGGUUCAUACUCAAUUAGGCCGUAUACAAAGAUUUUUAUAUAAGAAGGGUACAAGAAAAUGAAGGAUAUUUUUUUGCUUAUAUUUUAUCCUCAUUCUGUGUGUUGUAAAUCUAAUUCGAACGAUACAGACGUAAUGCCUAAGUAAGUCAUAAGAAACAGCUACAUUUUAAGUACCAUAGAUAAUGUAAUCUUACGUACGAAUAUAAUAUGCAGUUAUUUGUUGCUUAUUGUUAAAGUAUUUUAGUAUUAAGCAUAAGAAUGUAAAUAAUAAAUAAUAAUAUUAUAUGUAGCUCAAAAUAAAUUAUUGGAUCUACA